AUGAUGUCACAAUCACAGAAUGCCUCACAAUCACAAUCAGUGGACAGCAAAUCCAAACUCCAUACAAUCCCAGAUUUCUAUUCAGUUUAUCUCAUCCAAUCAAUACCUAAACCACGUAGUUUCUAUAUUGGAUCUACACCGGAUCCAUUACGUCGUCUUAAACAACACAAUGGAGAAUUAAAAGCAGGUGGAGCAUAUCGUACUAAACGUCCUGGUUGUAGACCUUGGAAGUUGGUUGUUUUGGUGUAUGGAUUCCCAUCAAAGAUUUCUGCUUUACAAUUUGAACAUAGUUUACAACAUCCUCAUCAAACUAGACAUAUUGAUAGUCAGAAUAGAGUAACUACUAGCAGAAGUAGUGGCAGUAGUAUUCAUCAGAAAUUGGCUAAUAUUAAAUUAUUACUUCAAUCUACUGGAUUUAAUAAAAUGAAUUUGUCGGUUAAUAUAUUUGAUGAAAAAGUUGGAGAAGUUUGGUUAUUGAAUAAAUUUAAGAUUACAGAUAAUGUUAACCCUUCAUUUAUGACAUUCGAUGAAUUCUUUACGGAUGAGACGCUUCAAUUAUCAAAAGUUAGUUUAGAUUUAAUUCAUCAACAAGAUUUUCAGAUGGCUAAAUCUUUCAUACUUAAUAAUACUCCGAUUUGUAAUCUAUGCAAUCAACCUAUUAACUAUUUCCUCGAGGAUACCUCCAAUGGAAGCCAAAUCCUCUUAACAGGCUUCUGUUAUCACUCACCAGAUUGUUCGGCAUUUCAUUUAACUUGUAUAGCCAAGACAACUCCAUCCCUAAUACCCGACUCAGUACAAUGUCCUAACUGCAAUAAUCAACUCACCUGGUCAAGAAUAAUAAAAACAUCUACAAAAAUACGACAAUAUAUAUCAAAAGAUACUUUAUCUAAACAAUCAGAAUAA